AUGUCUAAAGAGAAAGAGAAGGAGAAAAAGAAGAAAAAGAGCGACAGCGAUGAAGACGACGACGUAUUCUACUACCGCUAUAGCAGUGUAAACCCUAAUCAUGCGCAAUCCAAUCCCAAUCCAAAUCCCAAAACCAAUACCAAGGGAUCCUCGUCGUUGGCACCCUCCAAAUCAACUUUGUAUGUUUCCAACAUCGACUACUCGCUAACUAAUUCCGAUCUCCACACGCUUUUCUCCACUUUCGGCCGCAUCGCGCGCGUCACGGUACUCAAGGACCGCCACACGCGCCUCAGCCGCGGCGUCGCCUUCAUCCAGUUUGUCUCCCGCCACGACGCGCGCAACGCUGCUGCGCAGAUGCACCGCAAGGUCCUCAACGGACGCACCCUCACCGCCUCCAUCGCCGCCGACAACGGCCGCGCGCCCGAGUUCAUUCGUAAGCGCGUCUACCGCGACAACGCCCGCUGCUUCGAGUGCGGCGCCGACGGACACCUCUCGUACGACUGCCCGCGCAACCAGCUCGGCCCCCGCCAGCGCCCCGAGCCCAAACGCCCCCGCCGUGGGCCUUACCGCCGCGACGACGACAACGACGAUGGCGGGGAGGAUUCUGACGGUGUUGGAGCCGCUGCCCGGUUCGAAGAUGACAAUUGGGCGUCCGUCGUGGAUGACGGCGCCGACGAGAGGCUGUUGACGGGCAACCGCGACGACGAUGAUGCUGUGGCUUUGAAGAGUAAGAAGAAAAAGAAGAAAGCCGGGUACUUCAGUGAUGAGAGUGAUGAUGAUGACUUUGAUGGUUGA